GGAAAACAUCUUUGCUAUUUUUGGCGAUUCUCACCCAGGCUCUUUGGAACAGCGCACAGCAAGCGCCGACAGGAAGACUUCGGUAUGGAAACGCACACCAUCUUCUGGAUUGUCGCAUCGCUCUGUGCAGGGUGUUUGGCUGUUCUGGAACUAAACCCCGUCACAGACCCCGUGAUCGGGCUGGUUGGGGGCAGCGUGCUCCUCGAGAUUAAACCCCCGGGACCUCUCGGUGGGAUGAUCUGGAUGUUCGGUCCCGAAGACAUGCCUGUGGUGUCGUGGGCCGGAUCAGAACCAGAGAUAGACCUCGAUUACAAGAACAGGGUUACUCUGAACACGAAAACCGGCUCGCUGCAGCUCAAACCCGUCUCCCUCAACGACUCCGGAGUGUAUACGUUUGAGGGAACAGUGUUUGUGUCGGCAGAGGUGCAGCCAUUCAAGGGGAGUGUCACCGUGACCGUGCAUACUCUAAUAGGAACAGUGAUUGUGAACCCCAACCCUGAACAGCCAAUAGAAAACCAGGCUCUAAACCUGACCUGCGAGGUGCUUGGAUCAAAGACUGUUUCCUCAAGGCUCUGGCUGAAGGACGGUCAGCCCUUGUCCGCUAGUGACAGAAUAACAUUGUCUGUGGACAGCAGUGUAGUCUCCUUCAACCCAGUGCUGCAGUCUGAUAAUGGAGAAUAUCAGUGUAAAGCUAAAAACCCUGUAAUUGAAGUGGCGAGCCCUGGAUACAUACUGGAGGUCAAUUAUGGACCAGAGCAGGCAUCUAUUACAGGACCAGACUCAGCAGCUGAAGGCUCAUCUGUAACAUUCACAUGUUUGGCUCAGUCUCUCCCCCCUUGUAAUUACACCUGGUAUUUCAAUGGAGCAGAGACUGCCCAGGGCUCGCAAUACGAGAUAGAUUUUGUAAGCAAUGCUGAUAGGGGAAGUUACACCUGUGUAGCCUGGAACACAGUGACUGGAAGAAUCACUUCUGCAGUAAAGGAAUUUAAUGUGACUGAAUCGGGUUCUGGUUCUGGAUCAGGAUGUUUGAAAGCAGAGAUUGCGCAGAUUGCUAUCGGCGCGCUUUCAGGGAUCGCUUUGCUGCUCUGUCUUUCUGUAUGAAAACACGUGGUUUUUAAAAUCUCUACUUACUGUUUCACUAACUCAAUAGCUUUUUUUUACUCUUUCUUAAAAUGUUACUCUUUUACACGAUCGUAGAUUUCUUAACCGUUUACAUCCAGCCGAUGAUAUUAGUAAAAGUUUUGAUUUUUCAUUUUUUAUCUUGAUCAAUUUAUAAUACCCAUCACCCACACGGGGAAACACAUGCAGCUUCUCUCCGAAGUGAUGUUUAUGUUCUUCCUUCAGAGUGAUUGGGUUUCAAACAAUCAUGGAAAUGCAAUCCAGCCAUUAAAAAUAAUUACAUAAAGUUACAGCCAGGAUGGCUUCAUUGCAAUAAUACUAGCUAGGCAGCUUAACUAGUAAUAUUUAGACAAAUGGUUAUUAUAAUGGUACUUUUGGUGAUUACUGGCAUUUUUAUUUUAAAAUAAAAUCUAAUAUUUCUAUA